GUGGUGGAGAUGGAGGCAGCGCAGCCACAUGUGUGCCAGGAGUACUCCCUGGAAGAGCUGGCAAAGGCAACGGCGGAUUGGGCAGAGGAGAACAGGAUUGGCAGCGGCAGCUUUGGGGAUGUCUACAAGGGCGUGAAAGAGAUGGCCAGCAAGCACCACCCUCAUCUUGUGCGGCUGCUUGGCUACUGUAUGGAUGUAAACUCAUCCACAAAACACAUAGAGCAGAUCUUGAUCUACGAGUACAUGGAGAACAAGGACCUUGACAGCUGGAUCGGCCCAGGCGUCUCCCAUUCCCUAUCUCUGGGCCAGCGGUUGGACGUUCUGAUUGGAGUGGCAAAGGGGCUGCAGUACCUUCAUGACUUUGGCAUUGUGCAUCGCGACAUCAAGCCAGCCAACAUUCUCCUUGAUGCAAAAAUGCAGGCCAAGAUUGCAGACUUUGGGCUGGUGAAGCUGAGUGGAGGCACCUCCAUGGGCACCUCCAUGGCGGCCACUCGAGUGAUGGGAACACCGGGCUAUGUGGACCCCGCCUACUACAAGACACACAAGGCCACCCCAGCAGCAGACGUGCACAGCUUUGGCGUUGUGAUGCUGGUGGUCAUCACGGCGCGCAAGGCUGUUUACAUGACAGAGGACAGCCAGAUCAACCUCAAGCAAUGGGUGAAAUAAAUUGCACACUGUAGGAUUAGC